AUGGCAACGGUCAGUGUGACACAUAUGGCCCUGGCUGUGGGGAUCUUUGGUCUUUUGGUCAUAUGGAUCUUGAAAAGGAACUCUGUCAACUUACCACCUGGACCCAUGUCGCUACUUUUUUUCGGGAAUCUUCGAGAACUCAAUGAUCAUCAUCAUCAUCCUUCUAUAGGUUACUCUCCUCAAAACCAAAAAGCAAAACAAAACGAAAACAAAACUAUUUCAUUCACCGCAGGUAUUGGCCUGGCCGACAAGGCUACAGAAUGGAAAGACAAGUACGGGCCAGUGUUCACCAUGUACCUAGGUCCAAAACCCACCGUUGUUAUUUCCAGCAUCGAAGCCAUGACAGAGGCCUACGUGAACAGUGGCGACGAUUUCGCCAACAAACCUCACAUUGUGUCUCUUGAUGUCGUCAGUGACAACGGGAAGGACAUCGCUUUUGCACAAAUUUCAGGGGGCGUGAAGUUUAGGAGGAAGACUAUCAUACAGUCUCUCCGCCAGUACCUGACAGGAUCUCAACACGCAGAAAGAAUUCACUACAUCGUAGAGGCAGCCGUCAACAACAUCGGACAAGAAAAAGGCCCUUUUGACUUAGAGAAGCACAUAUUUCAUAUAGUCCUCAACGUCUUACACGUACUUUCGUUUGGAAGAAUUCUCGAUGUCGACGACAAAGAUUUCCAAACACUUCACAGAUUGAUCUCAAACGGUUCAGGCAACAUUACAAAUAACUGGGAAGAUGUGUUCCCGUUUUUGAGGCAUUUUCCAACAAAAAAGUUCCGAAAAUUCUUAAGCGGUAAUGGCGAAUUUGUGGCUUACAUAAAGAAAGAGCUGGAUAAACACAGGGCAAAUCUUAACGAAACCGACGUAUCAAGUCUGGCUGACGACAUCCUGCUGACUCAGCGAAAACUGGCCCAAGAAAAAAACACUACGCUACAGGUAGGUUCUGUGCUCUAUUCCAGCCAGUCGAUUUUCUCUAUUAGUAGUAGCCUGUCACGUGACAUUUAUUCCCAGGCUGCCAUCACCGAUUCUCACGUGAUCGUGAUGUUGUCUGACGUCUUCUUCGCCGGUGUGGACACCUCGAGACACACUCUCGGCUGGAUCUUCCUGUUCCUGGCUUUGAACCCGGACGUACAGAAGAAAGUGCAAGCGGAAAUCGAUGACAUUGUUGGUGAGGUCAAAAGAUACACCUCCCCACCCCAAUCCCACCUUAAAAAAAAGACUGUGCCGAGGCGAGAGCACCGGGCCGGACUGUCGUACACAGAGGCCGUCAUUCACGAGAUAGAGAGGCUGUUCCCUGUUGUACCCGUGGGACUUCCUCAUGAGACUCUCAGAGACACACAGCUCAUGGGCUAUGACAUUCCUGCAAAAACCGGGAUAAUGGUAAACCAUUAUGCCAUACUUCGAGAUCCAAAUCAUUGGGAUCAACCUGACAGCUUCGUGCCGGAGAGAUAUCUGGACAAGGAGGGUGGAAAAUUCUCCCUAAAGCAAAAAUGUUGGAUCCUUUUCAGCAUUGGGCAGAGGAGUUGUGUUGGUAAGUAA